CGGGGCGCGAUGCAGAGCGCGGUGCUGCUGGCGCUGCAGCUGCCGGGCGCGCACAUGGAGCGGGGCGGCCGCCGGCGCGGCGACAACGACGAUGACAAKGAGAAGGACAAGAAGGAGAAGGGCCGCGUCAAGAGGACGAUCAUUAAGGACUGGAAGACGAGGCUGAGCUACUUCCUGCAGAACUCGUCCAGCACUGCUAAGAUGAAGGGCAAGAAGGGCACCAAGCAGCACACCUACUUCAGACCCUCUCCUGAGGAAGUCCAGCUGUGGUCCGAAGCUUUCGACGAGCUCCUUGCUAGCAAAUAUGGUCUCGCUGCUUUCCGAGCUUUCCUGAAGUCAGAGUACUGUGAAGAGAACAUMGAGUUCUGGCUGGCCUGCGAGGACUUCAAGAAAACCAAGUCCCCCCAGAAGCUGACAUCGAAAGCAAAAAAAAUCUACAAUGACUUCAUUGAAAAGGAAGCUCCUAAAGAGAUCAAUAUAGACUUCCAAACCAAGAACAUGAUCGCCCAGAACAUCCAGGAGGCCACACACUCCUGCUUCAGCGCGGCGCAGAAGAGAGUCUACAGCUUAAUGGAGAACAACUCCUACCCGCGGUUUCUGGAGUCCGAGUUUUACCAGGAACUGUGCAAGAAGCCCCCCAUCACCAGGGUGGCCCAGGCCACAUGAGCGACUACAAGGAGCAGGGAGAAGCCUCUGAACUACUGAGGACGAAGCCACAGCCGCUGGCUGCAUCCCAAGGGGAAAGACUGGGCCUGAGAUGGCUGGAAUCUGCCUGCCAGGCUGCAUGGACAUGUACUGCUGCCGAGGGUGAUGCUGGAGGACACGCAGGGACUGCCGCAGCCAGGUGCUGGGAUGGACUUUUCCUGCAGCUCUGCGGUGAGGAGGCAGCUCCACGGCCGAGGUGUCGGCAGAGAGGCUCGGGCAGCGCCUCCCCCAUGAGCGCCCACAGCCGCGCGCCGCUGGGACCUGAGUCAUUGCUUACACACUGGUUUUUCCUAAACACCAGCCGGGGCUGCCGUCAUCGCUCACUCGGGGUUAACUCUGGCUGGGUAAACAGGAGGCUCCUGCUCCAACAGCUGCACCGGGCUGCUCUGUGACUGCUGGACUGUCACCGCAGAAGGAUGAAGUGAGGAAGGGGCUGUCGUUCCCUCCCGGAGGGGCAGGCUGUGUAACGGGGUGCGUGGGGCUGGGUGCUGAGGGCAGAGCACGGCCCCAGUGAACAGGCACGGUCGCUGUUACAUGCAGAUUGGGGUUGUGUUGAAUGUGAAAGCUGCAUUAAUGCCAUAAUCCUGUCUUGAGGACAGGAAGCAUCAG